AUGGCGCUCUUCAAAACGCUCAGCGACAGUCUCUGGGCGUAUGUCUCGCCCAGCAAGCCCAAAGCGACAAUCAACACGCCACAAAUCGCGCGGCAGUUGAGAAAGCCAUCUCAGGUGCGGCGAGGGUCUUACCAUGAUAUCGUGCGAACUAGUCGAUCAAUGAGUCCUGUCUCGCGUGUCGAUAGCUGGAGAAUGGACCCAGCUGAAGCAGGUGCGAGCAGGAAGAGGAAGGUCUUGUUUAGCUCAAGUGAUGGACAUAGGAACAAGAUUGUAAAGAUGGAUGACUCGAUGGACUACACGCCUGAGUAUGAGAACGCUGGAGACAGUGACAUGAUCGACCAAGAAUUUGAGGCCGAAGACAUUGAUAUCGAAGACGAGCGUUACGAUGGACCUGGAGCCGGAUUUGAGGUCGACGAGGAGUCAGACGUUGGAGAAGAGCAAAUUAGCGACGAUGUUGCUGAAGACGAAGACAUGGACGACAUUUCAGCAGACAUAUCCAGCAUCCAAGUCAGCUGCGUUAAGAGUUCGCCACCUCCAGCCCGAAGAAAAAGUCUCUACAACGACGAGGACGACCCCGAGGCCGACAUGCCAGUAGUAGCCACCCCGGAAGAGUACAACCGCACCUCUCUAUUCCACCGCAGAAUGACCACACUUCCAAACGAGCUCUUUAGCAGAGAUGCUACCACCGAGAAGUUGCAAGCCGCAGGCUGGGAUGACGACCACAUCGUUCUAGUCCAAAAACUCGCCGGUCGAGGCUUCGAACCCUUAUUACCACAACACUGGAAGAUGGACUUUCGAUAUCUACCCGACGCUUUAUUCUCGAAGAACAACAAGGCAUUCAUCAGCAGUGUCCAUAACCAACACAACCGCGGCGCCAAAGCACUAGCCAAACUCUUCGAGAUCGGCGGUCGAUUACGGGAUGGUCUGCUAGAAGGCAGCGUCCGCUCCCCAGCCCAAGAAGCCGUGAAAAGCAUUCAAGCCUACCGCAAAUGGACGAAUCAAGACGCCAACCUCGACCCCCAAUCGGCUAUCCCUCUCCUAUCCUUCGAAGCCAGCCCAGCAGAUACGUCGACCGAGAUUUUAAUCUCGAACAUCCACCGCAAAAUGUCGCGGCUGCAUACACGAUACCACAACGCCCUCCGCGCCGAACGCUCCAUCGAGACCUCUCCCAGCACAGACACGACAAAACUCUCCUACCCCAUCCCGCAAAUCUACGGCUUCAUCGCUUCACAUCUGCUUCUCGUGCUCGUGGCAUACAGACCCGAUACGACUGAAGACGGCGCCGCCGCGGGGCAUGAAGAAGUCAAGGUCGUGGCGAAUUUCGAUAUGUCGGAUAAGGACUAUGACGUUUGGAAUGCUUUGGCUGUGGGUAUUAUUUUGUGUCAUUUGCGGAAUGUGCAGACGGAGAUUUUGGAGGAUACGGGGUUAGGUGUUAGGGUUGUGAAGGAGGAGGAGGGAGUGGACGAUCCGGAUGUUUGA